UCGCUGACGUCACCACCUGCUGUCAGAGAGCUUCCAAAGAUGGCGACGACAGGGACGAUGCACCUUCAGCACAUCUCUGCGUCUUUGGCCGUUUUGCUCGCUUUAUUCAGCUUAUUAAACUCGGCAAAAUGCGACGAGCAGGUGCCGCUUAUUCUCUGGACGAGCGAAGGGGUCUCCACAUCGACUCAGGCUCCUCCUGCAGCCGGUCACAUCGUCGAGCAGCAGCAGCUCUCCUCUUACCUGGAAAAAGCUCUGAAUGAAGGCGCCAAAAACGUGGUGCUGUUCCUUCAGGAUAAGAUGAGCAUAGAGGACUUCACCAUGUAUGGAGGAGCUUUUGGAAACAAGCAGGACAGUGUUUACCCCAACCUCGAGGCGGCUCUCAUGUCCUCGUCCUCCCGUCUGGUCUUACCUGCUGUGUCCUGGCCGGCCUCCAACGCAGUGAUUGGUCAGCUGCAGGACCAAUUAGAAACGUCCCCUCUGUACAUGGACCCCGAGACCCUGAGUCAGCUGAGACUGAACGCCUCCUCUUCCGCCCUGCUGGUGUUCAGGCUGCCGUACGGCAUCGGGGCUGAUCUGAUGUCUGCAAAAGAGAUUCUCAGUGGAAACGAUGAGGUGAUUGGUCAAGUGAUGAGUAUCAUGAAGAGCCAGUCUGUCCCGUACACGGCCAUUUACACGGCCCUGCGUCCCUCCAGGGAGGCGGCGUCUCUCUCUAUGGAAGCCGGCCAGGGCGGAGGUCGCUCUCUGCUGCAGUACAGAGGAGGAUACAGGGACAGGGAGAGGGAGAGGGAGAGGCAGCGCAAGGUCAAGGAGAGACCCGGGGUCUACGGACCCGUGGAAUUUAAGGAGGGAGAUGAAACCUGCAUCCUCCUGUGGGCCAAAAGCCUGUCCGUGAAGAUCCUUCGGAGCGGUACGUGGGAGGAGCAUGAUCUGACCCCGUCGACCUUCGGGGAGGGUGUCAGCCCGAAACUCCACGGCUCGAGCUGCGACAAAACCAAAGCCAGGUUGGUUCUGAACUACGAGAACGUCCUCGGCCACCGCAGCUUCAAACUGAUGUUUGCUAUGAGUCAGCGUCACUACAAAGUGUCUGCACGCCGCUGGUUCACACUGGACGCCGUGGAGCUCGAGUACGACGGGACCAAAGCCACAUUUAACGGCAGCAGACACAUCUACGCUCCUGCUGAGUACUCGUACCGCUGCGAGUCCGUCACCAACUUCCGCUGGCCCCUUCUGACCCCGCGCACAUCCAAAGAUCCAUCCAACCAGUGGAGGGUCUCUUUUGAGGACUUUCAGAUCCAGGGCUUUAACGUGAGCAGCAGUGAGUUCUCGUAUGCCAGCGACUGUGCGGGCUUCUUCUCUCCCGGUAUCUGGAUGGGUCUGAUAACCAGUCUCCUCAUGGUCCUGGUCCUCACCUACGGCCUGCACAUGAUCAUGCAGCUCCGUACCAUGGACCGCUUCGACGACCCCAAGGGCCCCGCCAUCUCUGUGCCCCAGACAGAGUAGUAACACACACACACACACACACACACACACACGUACACCAAAACCCUGUUUCCACCAAGCGGUCCUGUUUGGUUCAGUACAGUUUGGUAUGGUUACCCCUGAUCUUGUGUUUCCACAGCCAUCAUAUCCUAACUUGGUAGGUGGGGCGGUGAGCCUGAUGGCUUUAGGGUCGGAUGGUUACCCUGAAAACCCCAACAGAAGGGAAGCAAAAAAGUAGGAUGGUACAGAUCGGUUAUUUUGAUACCAUUUCCAACUUUUGACCCUGGAAAUGCCAAUAAAUGUGUACCGUACCAAACCGGACCGAACUGGACCGCUUGGGAACGGGGCUUUGGUUACAUCAUCUUCACUCCUUUCCUCCUCUCUCUCCCUCAAACGCUCCUCUUCCUGCUGAAUGCCUCCUUCCCUUUACAUUCCUCCUCCUGUUCAUCUGUAGUUGGGCAUUUUGCAGAAUAAUUAGUGAUGUGUGCAGAAAAAGGGUUUAGUCAUCACUGUGUAUGUGACGGUUCAGAUAUGUGAAUCCUGGGACUGAAGAAACAAGUUUGUGUCUCUCGUGUUGAAGCAUUACAUUUCGUUUAACGAUCAAAGCCGUCCUCAAAGUCUCCUACCAUCUCAAACAUGUUGUCGUGUUGGUGAAGAGCUAAUGUUGGACAGAAAUGGAAAUCCAGAGAGACGUUGGGCAAUACUUCAACAACAAUAAAAAACAAUAUAUUUGAUUACCCAUCAGUUAUCUUCUGUUAGAAUACGGCUAACAAUAGCAUCAACCCGUCCUCAGCUGUUUGAAAGUGUAGCAUGAUACUGAUCCUAGCUAACAGUGCAGUAAGGUUGAUGCUAAGGCUAGGUUAGCUGUUAGAGCGUUCCAUCAAUUCCCAGCCAACUUAGGUUGUCAAAAUGUUCAAUACUACUUUUUGAUUCAACAUGGUUUUAAACGAUAUAAUCUCUUUUUGUUUUGUAAAUAAUAGUAUAAAACACCUCAAACCAUAUCUGUUAUUUUAAGAACAAACAUGUUGACGGUGUUUUUGUGUAUAAUUUCGACUAGAGCCCGACCGAUUAAUCCACCAGCCGAUAAUAUAGGCCGAUAUUAUCGUAUCAAGUGACUAGCGGUAUCGGCCCCAGAAAUCUCAUAUCGGUCUGGCCCUACUUGACUGAGUGCCGGAGUUUGCCUGCAUUUUUUAAAACAGGAAAUGAUUCAGUAUUGUCUGCUUAAGACUUCCUUCUGUUGCCGUGGGAUUGAAACAGGUUUCGAUAUCUGUUGUUUUAUAUUAGAAUCAUAUCAAAGGAGGUGAUAGUGAAAUCAAAAAUAAGAAAUUAAGGGACAAAACAUAAUAAAUAUGAACCCAACAACCACCUUGUACUAAGUCUUCUCCAGAGGUCGCACCCUGAGUGACCCAGCGUCCCUCCCGAUUCUCAGGUUCUCGAUCAUUCGAGGAAAUAGACAUUUCUGGCCACGUGGAUGAAAUGUAUCUCUUAUUCUAAUCCAUAUGGUUAAAGGAGAUUUUGGGGGGUAUGGGGUAAAUCUUUCAGAACAUGUAGCGCUGAUCCACCAGAGGCGCAGACUUGGGGUUCAGUUGUCAGGCUGAUGUGGAAAAAUGUCGUCCGUGAAAGGGUUACGAUUGUACAUAACUAAAGUUACUCAUAUUGAAAUGCUAUUUAUUGAUGGAACUACUUUUUGUGUGUUUACAUUUGUGUUUGUGAGUUAAAGUGAAACGAUGUAGCUGUUGAAUGAAGGAUGUUCGAUGAGUCAUAUCAUGGCAUAACGUUAACCUCCAGUAUUUGCCAUCGCAGAGCAAAGGGAUGAAAGGGACCACUCAGAUAUACAGCGUCAAAAAAUUAACACAUUUCCAGCUGUUUGUGAUUUUACCUUCGUGGUCGUUUCACACAAACAUGAGCUUAAGAUGUUUUUUUUUUUAUUUGGAACUAUGUUUGUUUUUUCUGUUAAAGUUAUCAUGAAUAGGAGGCGGACUUUUAAAUCUGAUGUGCACUAAAAUACACUCAAUGUGAACUAUUUAUUUUUGUUUAUUUUAUGUUGUUGUUUGUAGUGGAUAUGAAAUGUGAGGUCCUGAUUAUGGUCCUGUGUCGUGCUGCUGCUGCUGUGACCCCAAUAAAACAUCUGUGAGAAAGUU